CGGCGGCGGCGGCGGCGGCGUGAACGGGACGGGGCCCGGCCGCGGGCGCCUGGCGGAGUUGUUGUUCCGGCGGCGAGCGCGGGGGCGUGAGGAGGUGGAUGUGGGCGGAGAAGUUUGCAGAACUGAAAUGGAGGUCGGAGCUUCAUUACAGAAGGUUAGUGGGUCAUCUGAUUCUGUGGCCACACUGAACGGUGAAGAAUUUGUUUUGGUUUCUCAGCAUGCAGAUGGUACUUCUACAAAGGAUGAUGAAAAACCUCAACUGAAGAUAGUUUCUGAUGAUGAUGAUGAACAAUUGGAAAAAGCCAUGGAAGAGAUUUUGAGAGAUUCUGAGAAAGGGCAGAGACAUCUUGUUGAAGGUCAGAGUUCCAGUGAGAUUUCAGACCAUUCAUUCGGAGAUAGUCCAGCCAGUCAAACAAAUAAGUCAUCUCUUCAGUUAAUUUUGGAUCCGUCUAACACAGAAAUUUCUACACCCAGACCAUCUUCUCCAAGUAGACUACCUGAAGAAGAUAGUGUUUUAUUUAACAAACUGACCUACUUAGGAUGUAUGAAAGUUUCUUCCCCACGAAAUGAAGUGGAGGCUUUGCGGGCAAUGGCCACCAUGAAGUCUUCUAGCCAGUACCCUUUUCCUGUUACUCUGUAUGUGCCAAAUGUUCCCGAAGGUUCUGUGAGAAUCAUAGACCAGUCCAGCAAUGUUGAGAUAGCGUCUUUUCCGAUCUAUAAAGUGUUGUUCUGUGCACGUGGACAUGAUGGGACAGCAGAGAGUGACUGCUUUGCAUUUACAGAGAGCUCCCAUGGUGCAGAAGAAUUUCAGAUACAUGUUUUCUCCUGUGAAAUUAAAGAGGCAGUAAGCAGAAUUUUGUAUAGUUUCUGUACAGCAUUCAAACGUUCUUCCAGACAAGUAUCUGAUGUUAAAGACUCAAUUGUCCCUACUCCUGACAGUGAUGUGUUCACCUUCAGUGUCUCCUUGGAGGUAAAAGAAGAUGAUGGAAAAGGAAACUUUAGUCCUGUGCCUAAGGAUAGAGAUAAGUUUUAUUUCAAAUUAAAGCAAGGAAUAGAGAAGAAGGUUGUGAUUACCGUGCAGCAACUUUCUAACAAAGAAUUAGCUAUCGAAAGAUGUUUUGGAAUGCUAUUAAGCCCAGGUCGAAAUGUGAAGAACAGUGAUAUGCAUUUACUGGAUAUGGAAUCCAUGGGGAAGAGCUAUGAUGGGAGAGCCUAUGUUAUUACGGGCAUGUGGAACCCCAAUGCACCAAUAUUUCUGGCACUUAAUGAAGAAACACCAAAAGAUAAGCGGGUGUACAUGACUGUGGCAGUGGACAUGGUAGUCACGGAGGUGGUGGAGCCUGUCCGUUUUCUCCUGGAGACCGUGGUCCGUGUGUACCCUGCAAACGAGCGAUUCUGGUAUUUCAGCCGCAAGACUUUCACAGAGACUUUCUUCAUGAGGUUGAAACAGUCUGAAGGGAAAGGCCACACCAGUGCUGGAGAUGCCAUAUAUGAGGUGGUGAGUCUACAGCGCGAGUCUGACAAGGAGGAACCAGUCACUCCUACUAGUGCAGGGGCACCAAUGUCACCCCAGGAGGAUGAGGCGGACGAGGAGAGUGAUAAUGAACUCUCAAGUGGAACAGGUGAUGUGUCUAAGGAUUGUCCUGAGAAGAUCCUGUAUUCUUGGGGAGAAUUGCUAGGAAGAUGGCACAAUAACCUUGGUGCACGGCCAAAAGGCCUGCCUACUCUGGUGAAGAGUGGUGUUCCCGAAGCGUUAAGGGCAGAGGUGUGGCAGUUAUUAGCUGGCUGUCAUGACAACCAGGAAAUGCUAGAUAAAUACCGAAUUCUCAUCACAAAGGACUCAGCCCAGGAGAGCGUCAUCACUCGAGACAUCCACCGUACGUUUCCUGCACAUGAUUACUUUAAAGAUACUGGAGGAGACGGUCAGGAAUCGCUGUACAAAAUCUGCAAGGCGUACUCUGUGUAUGAUGAAGACAUUGGGUACUGUCAAGGACAGUCAUUUCUCGCUGCCGUCUUGCUGUUACAUAUGCCGGAGGAACAAGCCUUCUGUGUUUUGGUGAAAAUCAUGUAUGACUAUCGUUUGCGAGACCUCUACAAAAACAACUUUGAAGAUCUUCACUGCAAAUUCUAUCAGUUGGAGAGACUAAUGCAGGAGCAGCUACCAGACCUGCACAGCCAUUUUUGUGAGCUGAACCUGGAAGCUCAUAUGUAUGCAUCCCAGUGGUUUCUCACCCUUUUCACGGCCAAGUUCCCGCUCUGCAUGGUGUUCCACAUCAUUGACCUGCUGCUCUGUGAGGGUUUGAACAUCAUCUUUCAUGUAGCCCUGGCUCUCCUAAAGACCUCAAAGGAAGACCUCUUGCAGGCUGAUUUUGAAGGUGCUUUGAAGUUCUUCAGAGUUCAGCUUCCAAAGAGAUACAGGGCAGAGGAAAAUGCGAGAAGAUUGAUGGAACAAGCUUGCAAUAUUAAAGUCCCAACCAAGAAGCUGAAGAAAUAUGAGAAGGAGUAUCAGACCAUGCGAGAGAGCCAGCUGCAGCAGGAAGACCCGAUGGACAGAUACAAGAGGGAGAACCGGCGAUUGCAAGAAGCCAGCAUGAGGCUGGAACAGGAGAAUGACGACCUCGCCCACGAGCUAGUCACCAGCAAGAUCGCCCUGCGGAACGACCUGGAUCAGGCAGAGGACAAGGCCGACGUGUUGAAUAAGGAGCUCCUGCUGACCAAACAGAGGCUGGUGGAGACCGAAGAGGAGAAGAGGAAGCAAGAGGAAGAGACCGCCCAGCUGAAAGAAGUCUUCAGGAAACAGCUAGAGAAGGCAGAGUAUGAAAUCAAGAAGACCACGGCCAUCAUUGCUGAGUAUAAACAGAUCUGUUCCCAGUUAAGCACCAGGCUCGAGAAACAGCAAGCAGCCAGCAAGGAGGAGCUGGAAGUGGUAAAGGGCAGAAUGAUGGCGUGCCAGCACUGCAGUGAGGUUUUCAGCAAGGAGGACGCCUUGCGAGUAGCAGCCCCGAGCAGAGAGGCCCAGGGGGCGGAGCCCGACGAGGAGAAGGACGCGCUCAAGAAGCAGCUGAGGGAGAUGGAGCUGGAGCUGGCGCAAACCAAGCUGCAGCUGGUGGAGGCCAAGUGUAAGAUCCAGGAACUUGAACAUCAGAGAGGAGCCCUUAUGAAUGAAAUCCAAGCUGCAAAAAACUCUUGGUUUAGCAAAACCCUGAACUCCAUCAAAACGGCCACAGGCACGCAGCCUCUGCAGCCGCCACAGGCCAGCCAGCCAGCCAAGGAGAGCACAUAGUUCCCACCUCCCCCCAGCCCAAGAGCACAAGGAUCAAAGCAGCGGACACCCAGGAGGGCUCUGCCUGGUCCCUCGGAAGGGGAGUCAAGGAGGCCGGAAAGCAAGCCAGAAUCUCCGAGUAGCGCUCGCUCUUUCUUACACGACACUUUUCAAAGGGAUGCUAGAACCAGCCCGCUUCAGAAUGCUGAAUACCUGUUUUCCAGCUUCUUAGUGGAAGGCUGUGUUCAGAUGGGUCAUAGUAUUCCACGUUAUUUUGUAUGCCUGACGUUUAGUGGGAAAUAAGUAAUUCAGAACUAAAUGCUUUGUAUUUACAACUAAUUAUUCAUAAUUAUUUUUAUCUUAAGAAUGGAGACAUCUGUUAUUCCAAGGUUGAAGUGGUAGGAAGAUCUUUGCCACAGCAAAAAAACAAAACAAACAAACCCGCAAAAGUUGAAACCUGCAGCUCUUACCCUUUCAGAAUCAGUCAGCUAAAGCACACUGUGGGGCCAGCCGUGACCUCAGGUUUCCUCCCGAGAGUGAUUCCCAGGGUGAUGGUGAUCUGUCCAAAGGAAAGAACAGACCGGAGAUUGAAGCGUCCCCAGAGAUACUGGGGUUAUCUUUGCUUUCUGUGGGUACAUCUGGGAGUGAAGUGCCAAGAACUGUGGAAGGGACCGGCUAUUGUAGCACGCCGGCUGUUGGAACACACGAGCAGGGAAAGGGGCUGAGGUUCUGGUGAUGGUGGAUGUUCUUGGCUCUGGUGUUCCAACGGCUCCUUUGAAGAACCCACCUGGGCUUGCAGCUUCCUGAGUACUGAACAGCUGUGUCUGCAGCCAAUGUGAAGGCCAAGGUGGCCAUUGCUGAGUUGCAGACUUACAGGGCUUUCCCCAGAGAGGCCUGCAGAGGGCGAGCUCCCGCUGUGCUCAGGGGGAGACCAGAGGGUGGGCUCCAGCUGUGCUUAGGGGGACCAGAGGCCGAGCUCCCGCUGUGCUCAGGGGGAGACCAGAGGGUGAGCUCCAGUGUGCUUAGGGGGACCAGAGGCCGAGCUCCAGCUGUGCUCAGGGGAACCAGAGGGUGAGCUCCAGCUGUGCUCAGGGGGGGACCAGAGGGUGAGC